AAUAUAUGUUUAUGAGCUUGAAAUCAAACACCACUUCUUCAUGUACGAAAAAAAAAAAAAAACCACUUCUUGUCCCCCGUAACGAUUGAGUGAAGCUCCAUAGUUAGUUCUUGUUUGAAGUCUGAAUAUUCGUACGAACGAACAUCUUUGCAAAAAGAAUCCACCAUGCAACAACCUCACCAUUACUUCUCCGCUGCCAAACCAUCUUUUCCCUUACCCGUCGACGCCGAUCAAAAAGCCACCAAGUUCCAACCAUUCUCGGCGGCGCCACCGCACAUGCGCACCUUCCAUCUAGCAUGGUUCAACCUCUUCUCAUGUUUCUUCUCAACCUUCUCCAUCCCCCCACUCCUCCCCAUAAUCCGCGACGACCUCAACCUAACCCCCGCCGAAAUAGGCGCCGCAGGCUCCGCCGCCUUCGCCGGCUCAAUCGUCUCCCGCCUCCUAAUGGGUCCCACAUGCGACCUCUUGGGCCCACGCAUAGCCUCGGGAACACUCUCUCUCCUAACCGCACCCAUAAUCCUCGCAAUCUCACUAGUUUCAACGCCACAAGCCUUCAUCACAAUCCGUUUUUUAGUGGGGUUCUCACUCGCAAACUUCGUUUCAAACCAGUUCUGGAUGAGCUCAAUGUUCUCCUCCACCGUGGUCGGCAUGGCCAACGGCGUCGCCGCCGGAUGGGCAAACAUGGGUGCCGGCAUGACUCAACUAGUCAUGCCACUUGUCUACUCCCUAAUAAUGUACCUCUUCAAUGUCCCAUCUUCCACUGCUUGGAGAUUAGCGUUCAUAGUUCCCGCAAUUUUUCAAGCAAUAACGGGUAUCUUAGUGUUAGCAUUUGGACAGGACCUACCCUCAGGGAACUAUAACAACGUGGAGAAAGAGAAGGGUAAAAAAGAGAAUGUGUUGAAGGUAGUGUUAGGUGGUUUGGAGAAUUACAGAGCGUGGAUAAUGAGUUUGCUUUAUGGGUUUUCGUUUGGGGUGGAGUUAACAACGGAUAAUAUAAUAGCGCAGUAUUAUUAUGACAGGUUCGGGGUGAAUGUGCAAACGGCUGGGAUAAUUGCGGCGUGUUUUGGGAUGGGGAAUUUGGUUUCGAGGCCAAUGGGUGGUGUUGUUUCGGACAUGAUGGGGAAGAGGUUUGGGAUGAGGGGAAGGUUGUGGGGAUUGUGGGUGGUUCAAACGGUGGCCGGUAUGCUAUGCGUGUUGCUUGGUAGAGUUGACACGUUGUGGGGUUCUAUCCUUGUCAUGUGCUGCUUUUCUCUCUUUGUUGAAGCUGCUUCUGGCCUCAUCUUUGGUGUCGUUCCUUUCGUUUCCAAAAGAUCGCUAGGAGUAAUAUCAGGAAUGACAGGAAGCGGUGGAACGUUAGGGGCUGUUGUGACUCAAUUAUUGUUGUUCUCAGGCUCCAACGUGUCGAAGGAAACAGGCAUAUCCCUAAUGGGCCUAAUGAUGAUAUUUUGUACUCUUCCUGUAACCUUGAUCUACUUCCCUCAAUGGGGUGGCAUGUUUUGUGGCCCUUCCUCCAAUCAUGGUUCCCUCCAAGAACAUUAUAGGUUGCUAGAAUAGCACUUAUUUUGAACAGAACAUACAUGCAAUUCAAUUCCAUUAUACUUCCACCGUAAGAGAGAAAGUUAAUGUUCCCACAUGGCAAAGUGUCGAAGUGAUUACGAUGAAAAACGAUAAGUUAAUAUUGUUGCUGAAUGUAAAACUAAAGAAUAUUUAAUAGAGAGAGAUCGACUCCUUUGUAAACUAUGAUAAAAUUGUGGUUAAGGCGUUUUGUUAAGUUAGUAGUUAGAAAACUAUUUCCUCUAGCUAGUGGCAUAAAAUGCAUCACAUCAGCAUUCAGAAAAUGUGCUCUAGAUGAUGCUGCUACAUCCGAUGCAAAAGAAGUC